CCCUGAGUCUGAUGUUUCCAUUCCUGCAGGCCACACGUAGCCAUAUAUAAUAUAUAAUAUAUAUAUCCAGUACAGGUGGCGCACUACUGCUCCAGCUGCGUCAGCAUCAAUGGAUUGCAUAAGACGGGGUGCUGUAGCUGCCCCCAGCCCACUACCAACAACAACAGCAGGAGGCUAGUGCCAUUAGGCAGAGAUGGCUGUAGUGGUGAGUGUUGGAGGCGUCUCCACCAGGGGCCUGGUGAGGUUGGCACCAGUGUGGAAGUGUGUGUCCAGGGGGGCCUCAAGCUCCUUCCCUAUUGCUCCCCCCGGCGAAUAUCCCCCAACCAACCACCCUCCAACUUACUAUGUGGACCCCAACACCUCGGCACCCACCAGCUCCAAGCUUCCCGCACUCAAACACACUCAUCCUCAGUCUUAUGAGAAGGUUGAAAUGUCUACCGCAGAAUGGUCAUAUGUAGAACGCCUGAUUCCGCCAACGGCCAUACCAAAACCAACUGUAAACCCAGGUGAAGUGACCCCAUCUGGAUGGGUUGCACCUUCAGCUGGGCCAAGAGACUACCCUUACUUUGUUCCUCGGGCAGCCAGUCAUAUGUUACCUGUGUACUUGCUUCACCAGCCUAUAUUGUCAAGAUUCAUAACAUCGGUGAAACAUGUCGAGGGCGACAUCUUCGUACUGGCCGAGGAACUACGUGAGCAUCUUACACCGCUUAUUGCUCCAAAGAUCCUGUGUCUACGUGUUCAUGAGCCCCAUCAGAUGAUACAGGUCAAGGGACAGCUUGUGGGUGAGAUCAAAGAAUUCCUGUUAAAGAAGGGAUUUUAGUUUACAUGCAAUCAAGGUAAAUUUAAGCAAGUUAUAUUUUUGCACCUUAAAAGUGCUGUUUUAAGUGAUUCUGGCAGUAAAACCUCGGAUAUUCUUUUUUUAGCUCUAUAAGAGUCUACUUGAGUUACUGAAAGUGUCACGAAAGAUAACAAUUUACAAUUACCAUAACUGACUCUUGUUGGGUGAAUGGAGACUUGCAAUGUACAGUAUUUGAACUUUUGAAGAUUGUUUGCUUUUGACGGAGGGGCUGACAGUGGGAAGUGUAUUGGUUCUUUUGUGAUAAUAACUGUGUUGAACACAUCUGUUUGCAAAUUAGAUAAUGUAGCACAAGUUAUGAUUGUACUGUUACUACUAUCAAGUCUUAUGUAUUUUUAGUACUAUAAAA